AAGAUGUCUUAUCGCUUAUCGCGGCAAGCUAGGGACAGACCGUCAGGUGCUGAUUGGCCUGAAGCUCAAGCUGGUUAACAGGGGUAGGCAAGUGCGAACGAUGGCGGGGCACUUGAAUCAACCUGCUCGUGGACCGCAAUGGACUUCAAGUGGCCUGCUGAGACAGCGUCACUUUUACUUUCUCCAAGUUUCGAUUCAGGCUGCUGUCGCAUCCCGCUUCGACGAGCGAGACAAGUUGGACGCAUAAUGACUUAACGGUAGCUUCACUUUAAUCGUUUCGUCACAUUUCGAACAUAAUGUCGUUGGACACCCCCCGCCACGUGAAGUACUGGCAGCGAUGCUUCAAGUCAAUCCUCCCGCACCAUUACACUUCCAUGGACAGCAGCAGACUCGCGCUUGGCUACUUCAUCCUUGGCGGGCUUGAUCUUUUAUUCUCAACACUCUCGGCGUCGGUGACAACUGAGCCUCUGAUCCCCAAAGCAGACCGCAAACGCCUUCGAGAUUGGAUCCUCUCUCUGCAGCACCGAUACGGCGGCUUCUGUGGUAGUCCCCACCAUGUCUUCCCCGAAUCCUUCGAGAAGGGCUUCGACCACGCCGUUAAACCUGCUGCCGACGAUACCGAGAACGCUAACAUUGCCGCCACGGCCUUUGCGCUACUGAUGCUUGGGAUUAUUGGCGAGGACAGAGAGGGCGUCAGCGCAUUCCGUGGCGUCAAGAGAGUACAGACCCUGCGAUGGUUGAGGAAACUUCAAAGACCCGAUGGCAGUUUCGGCGAGUUCCUCAAGAAAGAUGGCACUGUUGGCGGUGGAAAAGACAUGCGAUAUUGUUAUGUGGCCGCAAUGAUACGGUGGAUGCUCUGUGGCAACGAAAUUCCGCAAGAUGGCCCCGAUAAGCCGCGCCAGUUCCAGGAUCUCGACGUCGACGGCCUCGUAGGACACAUCCGGAGGGGUCAGACUUUUGAUGGUGGGAUCGCCGAAAGCUCCAUGGGCGAGAGUCAUGCUGGUUACGCGUAUUGCGCAGUUGCGGCACUGUCGUUGCUGGACCGCGCCGAACCAGACGGUGACAACAAGUACCUCAAGAAGGGGAUCAGAGAUAUACCCGCCCUCGUGCACUGGCUGGUCGCAAGACAGUUCAUAUACACUGCAUCGGAGGACCCCGAGUCUGAAUCGGCGAAGGACGAGCCCGAGCUUUCAGCUCUCAACAUCAGUGAGUCGGAAGGCUACGUUACCGGAUUCAAUGGCCGGUUGAAUAAGAUAGCAGAUACAUGCUACACGUGGUGGGUGUUUGGCGCUUUACGAUUGCUGGAUAAAGCACAACCUGGCACAGCGAAGGCCAUCAACAGGGCACCAUCACGAAGCUUCUUGCUUGAGAAGACGCAACACCCUGUCCUAGGCGGCUUUGGCAAACACGCAGAACGUCCGCCAGAUGUGUACCACUCGUACAUGGGCUUGGCCGCUUUGGAGACCAUGGCUGGUGAGGAUGGCGAGGAGGGUGUGUCACUGUUUGAUGCCGGGUUGUGCAUCAGCUCGGAUGCCGCGGCGCGAAUAGAGGUUGCGAGGCGAUUUUGGAACUGAUUGCUGCAAGACGGAGAUGCGGG